AUGGGUGUCAAUUAGACAGUUGCUGUGGAAAGCGGUGGAGUGAAAGAGAGAAGACAAACAGUUGUGGAGUGGCAAGUGCUGUGAUUUCAGAUAUCACAUCUCAUAUAAUGAUUAGAGAGAGAACAAGAUCCUGACCUCUGACCUGAUACCCAUGAGCAAUGCUUCUGAUCGUCUCACAUUAGUAUCAAGAAGAAGUGGAGAUGACUUUGUAUGAAAACAUUCACUGGACAGAGCAAGACUGAACAACAGUUCCUCCAGUAGAUUCGUUCAUUCCCUCACUGCAGAGGUCCUGAUCCACACAAACUCAACACAAUGACCGCAAAAGACAGGACAUAUUUGUCUUUCCUCUUGCUGGGUCUUUUCCAGCAGAUUCAGGGCUCUCUGGUAAAAACCAAUCUUGGUCUAAAGGUGAAGCGAGGGCAGUCGGUCUUCCUGCAGGAGGAGGAUCUGCAGUUUCACAUACCCAGAGCCAAGGAUGCCUGCAAGCUGGAACUUGUGCUGAAUGAGCCCAUUACACAGCGGGUCGGCACACUGACCCCUCAGGUUUUUGACUGUCACUUUUUGGCUGAUGAAGUGAAAUACACUCAUAAUGGAUGUGCGAUUUUAAAAGAAGAUACUGUUAAACUUCGUCUGUACAGAUUUACAGAGACAGAGACGUACAGUGAGCUGUUCUCUCUCCGUGUUGAAAUCAUGGAGCCGGACUGUAAUGUGAUUAAGUUCGGGUCACAGAAUCUCGAGGUGCCAGAGUUUUAUGGCCUCUCCAAUGUUCUGGAUGGCAAUGUUGUGUCCUUCCACUAUGAACACAGACAUAAUAUUGAGUGCACAGUUCGGGUGACAACUUUGGAGAUGCAUCUCCCUGUUCACGGUCAGCUAGUCACUGGAGAACCGGAGAAACCAGAGGGGCCGAGAGGGGAUGAACCAGAUAGCUUUGUUUCUCUACGAAGACAGCUGGAUAAUAAAGCCAGAGCUCAUUGUAAGAGUGACGAGUGUCUAAAGGGUCUUAAACUGCUGAAGAUCACCAAAGUACCAUGUAAUGAUUUCCUCAUGAUGGGCAUCCGUUACCACCACACUGACCCUCCAUCUCCAGAUAUAGACUACAUCGCCAUUAGACUGGACCUCACAGACACCCGCAGCAGGAGCAUCAUCCAGUCAGAGCAGGCCUGGAUCCCGGUAACCAUUAAGGACGCAAUGCCCAAUCAGCCGCCCAAGCCUGCUUUUAUGUCCAUGUUCAUCUUAGAGGUGGACCAGUUCAUCCUGACUCCUCUCUCCACGGCAACGCUGGACGCAGAGGAUGAUGAGACGCCCAAACAGCGGCUGGUGUUCAACAUCACUAAAGCCCCUAGAGAGGGCUUCAUCACUCACCUGUCUGACCACACCAAACCCAUCACCUCCUUCACCUGGACGGAUCUCAACGACAUGCUGAUCAGCUACCAGCCUCCAAACUCCAGCCACACACAGCGCAGGAACUAUGAGGUGGAGUUUGAAGUUCAUGAUUUCUACUUUGAGAAAAGCCAGCCUGUGAUUGUACACGUGUCAAUCAGGACAGCUGAUACCAAUGCGCCAAGAGUAUCGUGGAACAUGGGUCUCAGUCUGUUGGAAGGUCAGUCUCGUCCAAUCACAUGGGAUCAGUUUCAGAUUGUCGACAAUGACAACCUGAAGGCUGUGAAGAUCAUCACUGUGGAUGGCCUGCAGCACGGGAGACUAACGGUUAGAGGUGGAAAAGGUUUCAUGUUCACUGUGAAAGAUAUAAAGGAUGGCGAGGUUCGCUACCACCACGAUGACAGCGACACGACUAAAGAUUAUAUAGUCUUUCGCAUUACUGAUGGCUUGCAUCAAAUCAGACACAAGUUUCCCAUCAACAUCCUGCCCAAAGACGACAGUCCACCCUUCCUCAUUACCAAUAUGGUGCUGGAGCUGUCUGAAGGCCAGACGGCUCUUCUGAGAGGAUCCAUGUUGCAAGCCUGUGAUUUGGACUCUAGUGAUGACUACAUCAUGUUCAACAUCACCAGACCUCCAGAGGCAGGAGAAAUCAUGAAGAUGCCUGGUCCUGGCAUCACAGGAAAGGUGCAUGUGGAGCCGCUGGCGGUGGAUGAGGGUGGAGAGAGCUGGGUGAGUGAAGAACACAUGCGUCUGUCAGACCAGGACUCUCUACAGGACUCUCUGCACGUGGAGCUGAAGACCGGACCCCAGCAUGGCAGCAUUUACCUGGACGGCACAGCCAUGAGUCCAGGCCAGACUUUCAAAGUCAGGGAUCUGAAAAGCCUAAAAGUUAGAUACACUCAAGGACAAGAGAUUGGGCUGCAGCCACGUCAUGACGUCGUUACAUUUGUGAUCUCUGAUGGAGAAUCAGGGCCAGUUCCUUCAUGUUGCGGUAACAGAGCCACUGUCUUCAACGCACAAACACCUGAAGUACAGAACGCCCUGCCUGUCUACGACCUUAAUAUCACCGUUUAUCCCGUGAACAACCAACCUCCAGCUAUAGUUGUCGGAGAGGUGUUUAUGGUGGAUGAGGGCGGGUCAGCCUCCAUCACGGAUGCUCAUCUGAGAGUUGAAGACCAGGACUCUGCUCCAGAGGACCUUAACCUCAUUCUGGUUGCUCCGCCACAGUUUGGAUACAUAGAAAACAUCCUGCCCAGUCCGGGAUUUGAAAAGAGCAACAUGGGAAUCAGUAUUGCCUCUUUCACCUACAGGGACGUGUUGAAUGGACACAUUAACUAUGUCCAGUCUAGACAUCAGAGGAUAGAGCCCACCACCGACCAGCUCAUGCUGCAUGUGUCCGACGGGAAACAGCAGUCCUCUUCAGUCCCGUUUUACAUCAUCAUCCAUCCAACCAAUGACGAGAUUCCAGAAUUCCUGGCCAGAAACAUCACGGUUCGGGAGGGGGACAUGAAAGAGCUGGACCCAUCUAUAAUCAGUGCGGUGGACCUUGAUGUUCCCAGAGAGCGUUUAAUGUUCAGCAUAGUCCAGCAGCCUCAGCACGGCUCCAUCAUGAGCGUGCCACACGGCAAUGAUGUGACACUUUACAAGCCUGGAUCUGAGAUCCCUGUGGAGCACUUCACCAUGGACGACCUCCGGAACGGCAUGACUCUGAUGUACGUGCACGAUGACUCUGAGAGUGAGCAGGAUGGAUUUAUUGUUCAGCUCUCCGACGGGAAACACCAGCUCCAGAAACACCUGCGAGUCAAAGUACUGCUUGUCAAUGAUGAGGAGCCGCAGAUUAUACGGAACACUGGGAUUGAGAUGGAGGCUGGGGAGUCCAGGCUGAUCUCCAGUGCUGUGCUCAGCGCUCACGACAAAGACACUCCAUCCUCCGACAUUAUCUAUGUGUUCGAGAGCAUACCGAGUCAUGGUGUCAUUCAGAUGAAGGUAGGCACAGACUGGGUGUCUGUAUCAGCAGGGAUGAACUGCUCUCAGCAGGUUUUGGAGAUGAACCUGUUACGUUACCUUCACACCGGUCAUCCUGGAGCAGCCGCUGCUGACGUCUUUAUCUUCCACCUGUUGGAUGGCAAGAACCGCUCUCCUGCGCAGCACUUCCACAUCACAGUCAAAGAGCUGGAGAAAGGAGACAUAGCAUUGUUCCUGAAGCCCGUGAGGACGAGUCGCGGGGAGCGUGUGAUCCUCACCACAGACGUCUUGCUGGCUGUAGACGGCACUGACAAGCCGGAGGAGCUGCUGUACAUUAUCACCGUACCUCCAGCACAUGGACAUGUGGAGUACAUCAAACACACCGGAGUGCAAAUCCAGUCGUUCAGUCAGCUGGACGUAGCAGCAAACCUGGUGUGUUACGUACAUGACAACAGAGCCACUUCACCUAAAGAGACCCUGCGAUAUCAAAUUGAAGCUCUAGACAGCGCCGCUCCGCAGAUAGCAGUGCUGGAAACACUGUGGAAAGUGGAGCUCCUCAAAGAUGGUCGUUAUGGGAUCUUCAUUUCCUCCAGAGAGCUCAAGGCUCAGGAUCUGAACUCAGCAGAAGCUGAUCUGAUCUAUCACAUCCUCAGAGCGCCUUACUUUGGAUACCUGGAAAAUUAUACCAGUGGUGAGUUUGUGAGGCAGCGUUUCUCUCAGAAGGAUCUGAACAGAAGGAAUAUUGUCUACAUCAUAAACUCUGCUCUGGAUGCUUUAACUGACAGUCUGGAGUUUGCUGUUUCUGAUGCGCUGGGAAACACCGGAGCCUCUCACAAACUGGAGUUCAGCUGGGCCAGUGUGCAGCUGACCAGGACUGAGUAUGUAAUAUGUGAGAAUCAGGGGUCAGUCUCACUGACCAUCCAGAGGAAGGGAAAUGUGCAGGACUCGUCUUAUGUGACUGUACAGGUGAAAGAACUAACAGCAUCUGCUGGAAAAGACUUUAUACCGGCUUCAUCACUGAUUCAGUUUGACCCAGGGGUGGUCAGUCGAGUUUGGAAAGUGGAGAUUGUUCAGGACUCUUUAGAGGAAGCUGAUGAGAAAUUUGAGGUUAAUUUGGUCUCUCCCGUGGGUGCAGUGCUAAAAGUCAACUCAAAAGCCACCAUCUUCAUAAAGGACACAUAUGGGCAGUGCAGUGAGAGCCGGUUUAAAGCGGACACUGGUCUUCAGGGCCGAGAGGUGCAGCCGGGGCCGUACCCUCAACACGGCUCCAUCCAGGUGGAGACUCUACCUUUCUCUCAGGGCUACAUCAGAGGAGACGGUGAUAUAAUAGUUCAAGCUCCCACUGCUACAAAGAAAAGACUCCGAGUCAUUGGGAAUGGGAAAGUGGUUCAGCCUUCUGAAACCGUUCGUCACGGAUCUGAAGUCAUUUACAAAUACCACGGUAUCAUAUCGAUGGCGGUCGAGGAGGACAGCGUAGCCUCUGACAGAAAGGCACAGGUGCAGGUGACCAGCAGGGGACAGCAGCGCCCUCCUCACGACAGGACCGUCCCGCACACUAACACCAGAGCUGCUGCACAGCGUGUUGCGACUCAGCCGUCCUCCAAACCCUGCACCCCGGAGCUCACUGGCUUUCUGCAUUAUAACGACAGCUCGGCUCAGCUGCUCCGCUGUAACGGGGACUCCUGGAGGCCCUGGACCCCGAAUAACGAGACUGUGAAAGCACAGAAGUGUCCUCGAGGAUGGACGUAUCACAACAACUACUGUUACAUACUGAGCGGCGAGCGCAAAGCCACGUGGAGCGCCGCGGCGCGGGCCUGCAGAGAGAGCUACAAUGGACAUCUGGUCAGUGUUUUGUCAAAAGGAGACAUGGACUGGCUGUGGGACUUCAGUGACAGAAAACCCUUUUGGAUUGGUCUGAAUGAUCGUGACAGCAAAGGCCGCUGGGAGUGGGUGAGUGGAGAGCCUGUCACUUACACCAACUGGAGGCGGAGCCCUCCUAAAAACAGGAAGAAGGGAACGAGGAGGUGCAUCCUGGUCUGGAAGAAGACGAAAUGGCAGAUACGAGACUGUAAGAAAGGAAAGGCACACCGCUAUGUGUGUCACGUUAAAAUGUGAGUUCAGUCACAGCUGCACAUAACCUGAGCACAUGAUAUCUCUACUACUUAGUGCACAUGGUAAUCAUGAUGUGACCAUGCUGGACUGUGGUUUGUUGUCUGCUCAUGCACUUCAGACUCGAAACAGAACAGAACAGCCACGUUAACAACUGUUUCCAAGCCCAAGGGUGACAUGAUCACAAAACAUCUGUAACUCCGAGGACUGUCAUGUGUUAUAAUGUAUAUGUAUGCUACUCAAUGUUAUUUGUAUUCUAUAUGUAUUUAUUACUGUAUGUGCUCUGUAUGAUAUGGGA